AUGUACAGAUUCUUCGCCUCAGAUAUUUUCGAAGUCAAGGGUGCAGAGCCGAUAUAUAUCUAUGAUAUUGUGCCAGUCGCAGCUGGACUCGCAUCCAUUUCAUCAGAUGGUUGUUUGCGAUUGCUAGAUCCAACGGCUUUGAACGGACAACCACUGAAUACUAUUAAGAAAGUCAAUUCUGAUGUUACAUGUCUGAAGACUAUCGGAAAUGGCGAUAGUUCUAUUGUAGUCACGGCUGGAAGGGAUGGAAAAGUGUGUCUGAUUGACCCAAGGACUGCUGGAAAGGUCGGAGAGGUUCAGAGUGACCAAGGCGCUCCAAUUCUAUCUUUAGCAUGCUCAAAUACAAACGGCAUCGCUGCUGGAACAGAAUUAACAAAUCACCAAGCAACUGUAUCAAUCUGGGACGCAAGAUCUUUAGCUGCACCAAUCGUACAGUACGUGGAAAGUCACAGUGACGAUGUUACAGAACUACAAUUCCAUCCAACUCAACAAUCACUUCUAUUGUCUGGUUCUACGGAUGGUCUCGUCAAUAUAUAUAAUAUCACCAUCUUAGAGGAGGAAGAAGCUCUCCAUCAGACAAUCAACCAUGGUCAUUCAAUACAUCACGCCAACUUCCUGAGCGAGACCGAUAUCUUUGCUCUUUCACAUGAUGAGAAAUUCUCCAUGUACGAGCUAGUAACAAACCCAGAAGAAGGGGUUGAAGAGCCGGCUCCAGUGGUAUAUGGUGAUAUGAGAGAAAACCUUGGAGGCGAGUAUGUAGCAAACGUUCUAUGCAGACCAGAUGGAGGAGCUGUAUUAGGGACUGGACGUCAUAGCAAGAACGAUUUCGACUUGAUACAAUUGAAAAAGGGAAAGCCUUGGGUAUUUGCUCCUGAGACGAAGGUUACACUUGAUGGUGCUCAUGGAUCAGAGAUUGUCAGAUCGUUUUGCUUCCUUGAUUCGCAUAGAGCGGUAUUGACUGCUGGUGAAGAUGGACAAAUCAAGUCAUGGAGGGGUGAGAACUGA